CCCAUUGGUCAUUGGAUAUUCGCAUCGCUCGUUCGUCUCUCUUUCCCCUUUCCCGCGAACCUAUUUCUACUCCAGAACAAAGAUUAUUCAUCUGAACCCUAAUUUCAACCAAUUUUCUGCAGUUGUAGUUAUCUGCGAUCCGCCAAAAUGGUGCUCGCGCAGUUAGGGGGUACCAUCACGCGCGCUCUUCAGCAGAUGAGCAAUGCGACGAUCAUCGACGAGAAGGUGCUGAAUGAUUGUCUGAACGAGAUCACGCGCGCUCUUCUCCAAGCCGAUGUUCAGGUCAAGCUCCUCGCCGAUAUGAAGAACAAUAUCAAGAGAAUCGUCAAUCUCGAUGAUCUCGCCGCUGGCCACAAUAAGCGCAACAUAAUCCAAAAGGCGAUUUUUAAUGAGUUGUGCAAGAUAUUGGAUCCAGGGAAGCCUUCAUUCACUCCAACAAAGGGGAAAACUAGUGUUAUUAUGUUCGUUGGUCUGCAAGGUGCGGGGAAGACGACAACAUGUACAAAAUAUGCAUAUUACCAUCAGAAGAAGGGUUGGAAGCCCGCUCUGGUCUGUGCCGAUACAUUCAGAGCUGGUGCUUUUGACCAAUUGAAGCAGAAUGCCACCAAAGCUAAAAUUCCUUUCUAUGGAAGCUACACGGAAUCUGAUCCUGUGAGAAUUGCAGUUGAAGGUGUUGAGAGGUUUAAGAAGGAAAAUUGUGAUCUUAUAAUUGUUGAUACCAGCGGACGUCACAAGCAGGAAGCAUCCCUUUUUGAAGAAAUGCGUCAAGUGUCUGAAGCCACGAAACCAGACCUUGUAAUAUUUGCCAUGGACAGCAGUAUUGGUCAAGCUGCCUUUGACCAAGCUCAAGCUUUCAAGCAAAGUGUUGCUGUUGGAGCUGUGAUCAUCACCAAGAUGGACGGACAUGCUAAGGGAGGUGGUGCGCUUAUAUCUGCUGAUAUCCUUGGUACUGUAGUAUCUUUCUUGGAAGAAAUAGAGAAGCUCACUUGGUAUUGGGCCUUGUGGUCCACAUGUGUAUUUGGAGUUGCAGCAACAAAAAGUCCUGUCAUAUUUAUUGGGACUGGUGAACAUAUGGAUGAGUUUGAAUUAUUUGAUGUCGAACCAUUUGUUCGCCGUCUCCUAGGUAUGGGUGACUGGUCUGGAUUCAUGGAUAAAAUUCAAGAAGUUGUUCCGAUGGAUCAGCAACCUGAGCUUCUCCAGAAGCUAUCAGAAGGCAACUUUACUUUGAGGAUUAUGUAUGAACAGAUCUACCAGAAUAUACUCAAAAUGGGCCCUAUUAGUCAGGUAUUCUCCAUGCUUCCAGGUUUUAGCCAAGAGUUGAUGCCUAAAGGACCUGAGAAGGAGAGCCAUGCAAAGAUCAAAAGAUACAUGACAAUGAUGGACUCAAUGACUAAUGAGGAGUUGGAUAGUUCGAAUCUAAAGCUGAUGAACAAGUCUCGGAUAAUGCGGAUAGCGAGAGGUUGUGGUCGGCCGGUGAGAGAUGUGAUGGAGAUGGUAGAGGAGUUCAAGCGGGUGGCCAAGAUAUGGAGCAAGAAGAAGGGGCUUAAGAUCCCUAAGAAAGGUCAAAUGAAUGCACUGUCACGUAACAUGAACGCGCAGCAAAUGAGCAAAGUGCUGCCGCCCCAAAUGCUGAAGCAGAUUGGGGGUACGGACGGCCUCCAGAGCUUCCUGAAACAGAUGGGCUCUGCCAAAGACAUGAUGGGUAUGUUUGGCGGUGCGGAUAAGUGAAAAACCUUACCUUUUU